CCAAUGAGCGCUCGAUCAGCUGAGUAAACGGACACUGGACAUCCGACCGCCUGGAAGUAUCGAGUUCACCGCCACAAAGAAAAAGCGGCACAGCAGGAACAUCAGCAGCCCCGUUGUGUUGAGGUCGCCGUUGUUGUUGUUGUUGUCGUCGUUGUUGUCAUCGUCGCCGUCGGAUGAAGGGAGAGGUCCUGGUUCCUCUUGGCUCGCGCAUAAAUCCUCAGGGGGGAAAGUGUCGUUUGGAGAGGAGUCCGGAGACGCAGCCGCUCCGUCGCUCUGAGGACGUUCGUUGCAUGAAACCAGGUCGCUGAUAGAUCCAUUCAUCAACUCCUCCUCCUCCAUCUCCCGCAGAACUCUCCAGUCAGGAACUCUCACUUCAGCUCCACCGCAUUUAUGAGGUAACGUCGAGCCCUACGCUGCGCGGCGCCCACCUGCACCAACACCUGCCCGCCCCCCCUUCCGCCCCCCCUCCCUUCCGUCGACCCUUCCAUCGCAGCCAUGGGGCAGAAGAUCUCCGGCGGCAUCAAGUCGGUGGACGACCGCGGGGAAAGCGGCGGCUCGCCGUCCUACCGGCCUCUGGCUCAACGCCGGCAGCACCCGGAACUGAGGGGCCCUGAUUUCGUCAAACCCCCCCGGUUGGACCUGCUGCUGGACAUGCCGUGUGCCGGACCGGAGGCCCAGCUGCGCCACGCGUGGAACCCCGACGACCGGUCGCUCAACAUCUUCAUAAAAGACGACGACAAGCUGACGUUUCACCGCCACCCGGUUGCCCAGAGCACAGACUGCAUCCGGGGGCGGGUCGGAUACACCAGGGGCCUCCACGUGUGGAGGAUCCACUGGCCCUCCAGGCAGCGCGGCACGCACGCCGUCGUCGGGGUGGCCACCUCGCAGGCCGCUUUGCAUUCUGUGGGCUACACGGCGCUGGUGGGGUCGGACUGUGAAUCCUGGGGCUGGGAUCUGGGACGCUACCGGCUCUACCACAACAGUAAGAACCGGGCCCACAGUUCGCUGCCGUCCUACCCGUGUUUCCUGGAGCCGCAGGAGUCGCUGGUCCUGCCGGACUCCCUGCUAGUGGUUCUGGACAUGGACGAGGGGACGCUGAGCUUCAUGGUGAACGAGCGGUAUCUAGGAGUGGCUUUCAGAGGACUGAAGGGCAAGAAGCUGCAUCCGGUGGUCAGCGCCGUGUGGGGGCACUGUGAGGUCGCCAUGGAAUACGUCAACGGCUUGGAUCCUGAGCCUCUCCCGCUGAUGGAUCUGUGUCGGCGUGCAGCCCGUCUGGCUUUGGGUCGGGAGCGGCUUAAGGAGAUUCGGGGCCUCCCUCUGCCCCAGUCCCUGAAAGAUUACCUCCAAUACAAGUGACUGACAGCAGCAGAGAGGACACAAACCAGCCACCGGAACGUCUGAAUGAAUGAUGGACGAAUUCGCUGUAUAAAUGUAAGGAGGCGGCACAGCUCUGCGAAAGAUGGAUUUAUACAAAAAAGGAAGAAGAAUGAAGAACUGACAAAGGAGGUCCAGGCUUUUCAAACAAAGACAGCACCAGAUUAUUUUGGAUUUCGCGGCUGCUUUAUCAUUUGUUUUAUUUUUUUUUACUUGAAAUAAAUUAUUGACGAUGGAAUCCCAUCAGUGUCUCGCUCAUCCAGGAGGAAAAACCCGAAGUGGCGUCAGAGUCCGAGUGACCGGCGCCACCUAGUGAUGAGAAUGAAGACUGCGCUGAGGAAGCACACUAAUCCUUUUCCCCCCCGGAGGCCUUUCUGACACACAUUCAGCGACCGUAUCAUUGCCAUUGGGCGCCAUAGCCUGUAUUCAUGGCACAGGUGAGAGCCUGCAGAGCCCAGACGAAUGAAAGAGGAUUUAGCACUAACUGAUUGACUCUGGGCCCGACCAUAAGCUUACAUCUCAUACAGAGUAUAUCUAAAUCGUGGCUGCAAGGUGUGUGCAAAGUUUAGUAAAAAGAAUUAAGCAUGAUGAACGCAUCUCCUGGCUUUAUGCAAACAUUUGAUGGGAGUGAAGCCCUUUUCAGACAUGGAAUAGUUAAGUUAAAGUCAUGGCUUUGAAGACUAUGACGGUUGUGAAGUCUUUAAUGGGAAUAUUCAGAAUGGGAAUAUUUAGCACCUGGUGCAUGAGAAGGCGUAGUGGAAUUUAAAAAUAGUGAAAUGAAGGAAUUCUAUUGCAUUUGUGAUGGAUUUUAAGUCUCAAAUAAUGACCAUUGUCCCUGUGAGAGAAGCUCACCACCAGCUCCCACUGAUCAAGUUCAUCAUUUAUUUUGUUUACUUUGUAACAUUUCCUCAUAUUUAUUGCCUUAUAUACCAUAAUGCCCAACUACAAAAUUAACCGUCCCUUUGUAUGCUGUAUGUAAAGAGCUUCUAUAUACAGAAUUUGUAUUUUCAUCCCUGCAGUUAACCUAUAUAUAAAUAAUAUAAAAUGAAGGAUGUCUGAUGAUUAUUUUUAAUAAUCAUCAGAAAUAGAAAUCCCUUUUAUGAUCUGACAUCUUGGUAUUUGAGCAGAUUUGAUUGAAAAUAACCCAAACAACCCUCCAACUACAACCCAAUUUCAAUUUAACUAUUGGCUGAACUGCUGCAUGUUGGAUAAUACGUGAAUGGCAUUUUUUAAAUGAGCAUUUAAGUUGGGAACAAUACAUGCACCUAAUGCUUGUGUCUGCAUAAAGUGGUCUGCUGUUGCCUUUAUGACAAUACAGAACAGUAUCCCAUUAAAACCUGCAGGGGAAAGGAAAUGUCAGUAGGACCACUGUAUUAAGAUGGCAGAAGCUACGUGUCUGAAAGGGGCUUUAAUACAACCGUAAACCGGAGAGAACUGCUUGGUGUUUAAAGUGUUGAGUAGCACUGAGAACCAUUUACUCACAGGACACUAAAUCAUAUAUUACGAUGUCAAUCACAACCAAAGUAUUUCAUACUAUAUGAGCCUUGGAGUGUGUGAAGGCGUCAGGAGGAGCUGCAGGUCGUGGCCCAUCGCAGAGUCACUCGUGCUUUCAUGCUGUCGCCCGUAAGAGGAGCCUCGCCUGCUGUUUGUAGCAGCCUGCUGUAGCUCACCGGUGCCCACAACUGUCCGCGCAACUGUCUUAAUGACCGUCAACAAACAAACAGGACCGCAGCAGAUCUUGUCUCACUGGAUGUUUGGUUGGAAAGACGUUGGAGCAGGAGGAAGGAACGUUACUACUAGAGCAGAAUAGGAUGCAGUUGACCAAUGCACACGCACACACGCACACACACACCAGACCAAUUGUGUUUUCUUUCCUAAAAAAAAGUCACUUUUUUUAACGUCUUGAGUUUAUAUUCAACAUUAUUAUUAAUAUUAUUGUGAGUGUGGAGUUUGAUUCUGUUGAUGGCGGAAUGAUGAUGAUUAUUAUUUAUCACGAGAUAUCUAUGUUUGUCUGAUGAUUGAUGGUUACAUUCAGGUAAAUUUAAUACAAAUAUGCUGGUGAUGAAAGGAGGGAGAAAUCAAAAAGUUGUUUCUUUAAUGCUGCUUAUGUUAUUAUUAUUACUAUUUGUGAGGAUGGGGGUCUGAACUCUUGCUUUUAUCAGGUAGGAUGGCGAGAAAAGGAUCAUUCAGAAAAGUAGUGGAAUGUAUGAACGGACGGUGCAGUUGAGACGUCAACAGAUAUCAAAUGUGAAUAAAAGCCAAGUGAAUUUGAAAA